GCCCUUUGAAACUCCUUCCCUCCUGAGUUCUUGCGGCGGACUUAUGUUAUUACUCAUGUUGAGAGUUUCAUUUUUUCUGUGUUUUCUUCUCAUAAAGCUUUCUUUAUGCGCUGAUAAAUAUAGCAGAGAUGACUUCCCUCCAGGCUUCGUGUUUGGUGCUUCCUCCUCUGCUUAUCAGGUGGAAGGUGCUGCAGACCAAGACGGAAGGACCCCAAGCAUCUUGGACACAUAUGCCCAGGCCGGUCAUUUUGAUGGAGCUACGGGAGAUGUAGCGUGUGAUCAGUAUCACAAAUAUAAGGAAGAUGUCCAACUAAUGGUGGAUACUGGUUUGGAGGCAUAUAGAUUUUCCAUCUCAUGGUCAAGACUUAUCCCAAAUGGAAGAGGACCUAUUAAUCCAAAGGGUGUCCAAUAUUACAACAAUCUUAUUGAUGAACUAAUCAGCCAUGGAAUCGAACCACAUGUUACUUUACACCAUAGUGAUCUCCCACAGGCACUUGAAGAUGAGUAUGGAGGAUGGGUUAGUCGGAAAAUUGUAAAAGACUUCACCGCAUAUGCAGAUGUGUGCUUCAAAAAUUUUGGGGAUAGAGUUUUGCAUUGGACUACUAUGAAUGAGCCUAAUGCUUUUGUACUUGUGGGGUACGAUCUUGGAUUUCUUCCACCACAACGAUGUUCAGCUCCAUUUGGUGUCAACUGUUCUAGGGGUAACUCCUCAACAGAACCGUACAUGGCAACUCAUAAUAUCUUGUUAUCUCAUGCAUCAGCUGCUAGAUUGUACAAGAAAGUAUACAAGGACAGGCAGCAUGGAUAUAUAGGAAUCAACAUUUAUGGCUUUUGGUUUGUUCCUUUAACAAAAACUAGUGAAGAUGAACUUGCUACCCAAAGAGCCAUGGACUUCUAUUUUGGUUGGUUUUUGAAUCCCUUGGUGUUUGGAGAUUACCCUGAUGUAAUGAAAAAGAUUGCAGGCUCUAGACUUCCUGUUUUUACUAGUCUCGAGUCCCGAAGUGUCAUGGGUUCAUUUGACUUCAUUGGAGUGAAUCAUUAUUCCACAUUCCACAUCAAGGACUACACCAGCAUUUUAAAGAUGGAAAUCAGAGACUAUACGGCAGACUCAGCAGUACUGAUGUUGGCACUGCAAAAUGAUACGUCACCAUUUGAGUUUCCAAUAACUCCCUGGGGCCUUCAAGGACUGUUGGAAUAUGUCAAGCAAAAUUUUGGAAAUCCUCCUUUAUAUAUCCAUGAAAAUGGUCAAUCGACUCGACGUAAUUCCUCAUUGGAGGACUGGCCGAGGGUGAAAUAUUUGGACGGAUACAUCCAAUCUUUGCUUGCAGCUGUAAGGAAUGGAUCAAACGCAAAAGGUUAUUUUGUAUGGUCCUUCUUGGAUUCCAUUGAGUUGUUAGACGGCUAUAAAUCAAGCUACGGCCUAUACUACGUGGAUUUGGAAGACCCUGAUUUAAAAAGACAACCUAAACUCUCUGCUCAUUGGUACUCUCAUUUUCUGAAGAGAAAAAUUGUCAUCAGCUUUGAUGAAUUUCUUACAUCCAUUUCCAACGGUUACUACAUUCAGUAGAUUUCAUUAUACACCUUACAUUCCGAUGCAAUGUUUGCAUUCCCUUUUAAAUUAUUAAAGUUAUUAUGUCACAAUCACUUUUUUUUUUUCCUUUUUUGUUGGAAAUGUGAUCGUGAAUUCAAGCAUUUUAUUUAUGAAUAUAUAUAUUUUUUUUGGUCACAUGUUAAAUAAGUAUUCAAGGUCACUUAUUCGUUUUAUUGUUAGAUUUGAUAUCAAGAGUUAAGAUUCAAACAUUAAUAUAUCCAUUGAUUCUUUACCCUUAA